UUGUAUCUUAGUGUAUUUUUUCACAGAGUCACAGGAAACGUUAAUAUCGUGUCAUAUCGAACACGAGCUGCUUCCUCACACGUUAGUGUUUUUUACGCAGUGUACCUUUAAAAGGUUGAACUGUCCGGUGUGUGUGUGUGUGUGUGUGUGUGUGUGCAGUGGAUCAGCUGAGUGUGUGUGAGAGUGAGUGUGUGUUGCAGCAGCCGCAGCAGACUCCUCACACUGACUGAUGUUGAGGAUGAUGAAGAUGAUGAAGAUGUCUCUCCUGCUCUCCUCCUCCUCCUCCUCCUCGCUGCUCGUGCUCCUGCUCGUGCUCCUGCAGCAGCUGCAGGCUCUGACGGCGGAGGAGGAAGGAGCCGCCAUGGAGGAGCUGACCACGGAGAAGGAGGCGGAGGAGAGUCACCGUCAGGACAGCGUCAAUCUGCUGACCUUCAUCCUGCUGCUCACCGCCACCAUCCUCACCAUCUGGCUCUUCAAGCACCGCCGCGUCCGCUUCCUCCACGAGACCGGGCUGGCGAUGAUUUACGGUUUGCUUGUCGGUGUGAUUCUGAGAUACGGCAUUCCCGCCACCAGCUACCACAACAAGACGCCGCCCAGCUGUUCUCUGAAGGAAAGACCCACCAGCACUCUGCUGCUCAACGUCAGCGGCAAGUUCUUUGAGUACACCAUCAAAGGAGAGAUCAACUCUGGAGAGAUACACAACGUGGAGCAGAAUGACAUGCUGCGCAAGGUGACCUUUGACCCUGAAGUGUUUUUCAACAUUCUGCUGCCUCCUAUCAUCUUCCAUGCAGGCUACAGUCUAAAGAAGAGACACUUCUUCAGAAAUCUGGGCUCCAUCAUCACGUACGCCUUCCUUGGAACGGCCAUCUCAUGUUUUGUUAUCGGUAAUCUCAUGUACGGUGUGGUCAAACUGAUGCAAGUGGUCGGUCAGCUGACGGACAAGUUCUACUACACUGACUGUCUCUUCUUUGGGGCCGUCAUUUCUGCCACCGAUCCAGUGACAGUGUUGGCCAUUUUCAAUGAGCUCCAUGCAGACGGUGACCUUUAUGCUCUGCUAUUUGGAGAAAGUGUUAUGAACGACGCAGUCGCCAUCGUUCUGUCCUCGUCCAUCGUUGCGUACCAGCCCAGUGGAGCAAACACUCACAUGUUUGAUGCUGCUGCGUUUUUUAAAUCUGUAGGAGUUUUUCUGGGGAUUUUCAGUGGCUCAUUUGUGAUGGGAGCCGCCACAGGAGUCGUCACCGCUCUCGUCACCAAGUUCACCAAACUUCACUGUUUCCCUCUGCUGGAGACGGCGCUCUUCUUCCUCAUGUCCUGGAGCAACUUCCUGUUAGCAGAGGCCUGUGGGUUCACAGGUGUGGUGGCCGUGCUCUUCUGUGGAAUCACUCAGGCUCACUACACGUACAAUAAUCUGUCUGAGGAGUCGACGAAGAGAACCAAGCAGCUGUUUGAGGUUCUUCACUUCCUGGCUGAGAACUUCAUCUUCUCCUACAUGGGCUUGGCUCUGUUCACCUUUCAGAAUCACAUCUUCAGCCCCAUCUUCAUCAUCGGGGCUUUUUUGUCCAUAUUCAUCGGCAGAGCUUUGAACAUCUACCCUCUGUCCUUCCUCCUCAACCUCGGACGAAGACACAAGAUCAAGGGAAACUUCCAGCACAUGAUGAUGUUUGCAGGUUUGAGAGGAGCUAUGGCGUUUGCUUUAGCGAUCCGUGACACGGCCACUUAUGCCCGACAGAUGAUGUUCACCACCACCCUCCUCAUCGUCUUCUUCACUGUGUGGGUGUUUGGGGGAGGGACCACACCCAUGUUGUCAUGGUUACACAUCAGGGUGGGUGUGGACGCGGAUCAGGACCUGCAGUUCUGUGGAGAUAACUUCCAGGUCCUUCAGGGGGACGGAGCUCAGGGUGAAGGUCAGAGUAAAACCAAGCAGGAGAGCGCCUGGCUCUUCAGACUCUGGUACUCCUUUGAUCACAAUUACCUGAAGCCCAUCCUGACCCACAGUGGACCUCCUCUCACCUCCACUCUGCCCGGAUACUGUGCUCCUCUGGCCAGCUGCCUCACCAGCCCCCGGGCGUACGAGAACCACGAGCAGCUCGGAGAUCACGAUGCUGACCUCAUCCGUAAUGACGGCGACCUGACCUACACCUUCGGUGACACGGCCAUCACAGCCAACGGGGCGUCUGGAGGCGGGGCUGAUACCGCUGGCGGCUCGGACUGGAGCGUGAACGGGAAGCGGAGCGGCAGCACCUCAGAGGAGGCGCUGGAGCGUGAACUGGACUCCCGUGAGCAGGAUCUGCUGAGCCGCGGCACGCGCCUCGUUUUCCCCAUGGAGGAUCAUCUCUGACUCCGCCCUCCUCCCCCACCUGCACCACCUACAUCGCUGACCUGACCUGACCCCACACCACCGCCACCACCGCCACACCCUCAGCUCUCUCUACUUCCUGUGGGCGGAGAGUCCAGUCCUGACAUGGAGGAGACAGGAGGGGAGGAGUCAGAGCGACGGAGCUGAGCUCCUCCAGACCUGAGGGUGGAGCCGGAGGAUCAUUUCAUCCUCAUCGCAGAGAAGAAGUCAUGUGACCUCGCGAUGGUUUUAACUCUGCGACAACAGAGAGACAAAGAAAUGUCCUCCAAACCAGAGAAGAAGAAUGGGGAGGAGGUAGAAUUAAUCAUGUGAUUGAUCCAUGACGCUUCAAUCACUCACAUGUUUUCAUUCAUAUUGUCACAAAAAACAUUUUUCAAAACAUUUAGGUAAAAAAAAACAAAAAACAUUUACAGUACGUGCGUUUCACUGCUGUUAAAGGAGCAGUAUGUAAGAAUGAGUGAGUGGCUUCACAGACCUGAGAAGAUGUCCUUCUGCUUUGUUUGCAUUCAUCAUGUAAAUCCAAUAAUCCUCGUUCCUGGGAUAUUGCAGCCUUGAGUAUUGGCUGAUACCGAAAUCGAUCUAAUACAAUAUCAGCACGAACAUGCAUACUUUCAUUACUUAUUUCGUAAUGUGGAAUGUUAGAAUAGGCUUGAUCAAGUGAUAUUACUUAAACAGAGAACAAUAGUAUGAGAAAAACUAACCCAUUUAUUAUUAACCAAUGGGUUACAUCAAUUUUAGCUUUCAACAUAGGAAUAUUUGAUUUUUUGCCAUGUUAAUUUCAUACAGUCUAUGGUUAAUUUCAUCAGGAGGUACCAAGUACCAAGUGCUAAUGGGGGUGUUUUCAGAGCAUCCGUGUUUCACAGGUAACAGCGUGUCUUCGGAGAACACCCCCCUUGUUUUCACUAUUUUGGAUUAGCCCAACCCACACAGGGUGAAUGACUCGUCCCGCAGGUUAACCCGGAGCCCAGAAACCGGCCCCACAGACGUACUGAGCUCCGUGUGUGGCGCUAGUUUAUGAUGUGUGAACAAGGAUUUAUUCUAUGAUGCACUAUGAUGAAUGUUUCAUCAUAUUUCUGAUUAUAAUCUGAUAAUCUGACUAUGACUCCCGUGUACUUCCUGUGACAGGACUUUAAUAAUCAGAUUAAGACAGAUCAGAAUCGUCAUAAUCUGAUUAUUGUAUGACCAUAUUCUGGUUAAUCUGAACAUGUCAUUUAAAUGGCAGUGUAAAUUAAAGCCACACUAUGCAACCUUUCCUGGACGCGUCAAUGACACAUUUAUUUACAAAUAAACACGAACUUCAGUGGGGAAUUUUGUCAGUUGUCAGGUGGACGUGUGAAUUGUUUGAAUCCUGUGACACUGUUUUUUGCUGAAUUUGUGAUAGAUAUUUUCCCAGUUACGAGUAGUGUUUUUAAAUCGCAGCAGCGCCCCCUGAAGUUACAGUUCCAAGUCAUCAACUCAUUCAAACUCCAUGUGCGACAUACGUAGAAUAAAUCGCAUUUCUGAAAGGAAACAAAAAUUUCUUUCUUUUUUUGCGUGUCAUAUACACACACAUUACUGGCCCCUAUGGAAUGUCGCUGCACUGUUUUUGUGCAUGAAAUGUAACUAGAUUAGCUUGCUAGUUAGCAAACCUAGCAAUAACAUAAGUAGCUAACAUUAACCACGUAAAAAACAAACCUUAAGUUCUGUAGAAACCGAAAGUCACUCAGUUUGUUUACGCUAAAAACUCGUUAGUCCAGCUCGUGUUAGUCAGACUAACAUACCUGGAUCAUGUGAUUCAUAGUCUAAUUACUCCUGCAUGUAAACACUUAGUCAGACUGGAGUCAGACUUGUCCAUAAUGUCCUCGCCGCUCUUUGCCGCUGAAGUAGAAGGAGACCACGUCUAAACUGCAGCACUGUUAGUGGACGUCAUCUUUAGACAACAUGACAACCACAAGAGACAUGUCCAUCUAAUUUGUCUCACUGUCCAUCCCACCAUCCGUCUCACUGUCUGUCUCUAUCGAUAGUGAGAUACAGUGCCACCUAUGGAGGCGGCGUCACACAUUCACAGACAAUUUUGUCCUCAGUCUCUGUAAGUUGUCUAUCUGUCUGUCUCAGUUGAAGUGUUGAUGUAAAGACACUGAGUGAUUUUCCAUCUAAGGACAACCAUUUAUCAAAUUUUGUCUCCAACUCUUUCACAUGUUUACGUUCCUCUGCGAUAAAGACCCCUCGCUCUUUCCCCUCUUUACUGCGUCUCUGGACUCCUGCAGUGAAGUCCACACAAGGACAGAAGACACUCUAUUUGUCCACAUGUGUGGGACAAAGUGACAACAGCGAUGUUUGCUUUGACUUUGUGGACAAAAACAAGGAGAGGCGACUUUAAAACAGAGAGACUGGAGGAAGGAGCAGAGUUUGACACUUGACCUCGAGGAGAGGACACAUGUUGUGUGUCUCUGUCUCUCCAUGUCUAGCUGUCUGGAGCUGAGAAACGCAAGCCGCAGCCUGUCCAUCCACGUGUGGACACAGUUGUCUCCAGGAGCAGCUGCUGUCAGGACAUGGAUCUGUCUCGCAGUUUGCAUGUCAACAGAAAACAUGUCAAUAAAAAACGUCCAAUCAUGA